AUGGAGAGAGCUAGGGACAUCGAACAAAUGGGAUGGACGUCGCGAGGAGGUAGUGGAAUGGGAGGAAGAGGCGGAGCAACUUGGGGAAGAUACUCCGCGAGUUCAGGGACGGUGGCGAGGACAGAAACUUUUCGCGGACCGUCGGAGGGAUCGGUGAAUGGCGGCGGAGGGCAAGGAAUGAAGAAGGACGUUAGUGCUAAUACCAUGGCUUCGAAGGCUGGUAACAGUGGAGGAGGAACCGCAGGACGAGGUGUUCGGACCCUGCCUUACCAAGAAUACAUGAAGCGGCGAGAAGAAGGACGCUGUUUCCACUGCGGCGGACCUUACAGUCCAGGCCAUCGUUGUGCUGAACGGAGCAUGCGGGUGAUGAUAUUGGCGGAGGAGGAUGAAGAUGAAGAAGCAGAGGCAAGUGUCGAAGUAGAACAGAAGGCUAUGGAGUUGUCGGGAUUGUCCGUGGGUGGCCUCUCGCAAUCGAACACGAUAAAGCUGCAAGGGUGGGUGCAGGGGAAGAGAGUUCUGGUGCUUAUUGACAGUGGAGCUACCCAUAGUUUUAUAUCCACCCGAUUGGUGAAAGAGCUGGGUUUGGAGUGCAUCGACACACGCCCUUAUAAAGUGUGUCUAGGGGAUGGGCAAAGGAAAGAAACCAGCGGGUAUUGCACAGGAGUCUCGGUGUUACUAGAAAACUUAGAAGUUAGAGAUAAGUUGUAUCUCUUUGAAUUAGGCGGUGUGGACAUAAUAUUGGGAAUGACUUGGUUAUCCUCCCUAGGAGAAAUCAAAGUAGAUUGGGGACAGCUCAUCAUGAAGGUGGCGCAUGGAGGAAGAGAAGUGGAGGUAAAGGGGGAUCCAUCAUUGACACGUAGGGUGGUGACUCCUGAAGCUCUUAUAAAAGAAAAAGGGAUUGAAAUGNUGACUUUAGUAUGGAGCUUAAGCCAAACAGAAUUGGUGGAUGAGAAGAUGGAAGAGAGUGGCUUAAUGCAAGAUGAAGAGGUAGAGCUGGAACAGAUUCUGAGUGCUUUUGAAGGGGUAUUCCGAGACCCUCAAGGCCUCCCACCCGAGAGGAGAGUGGAUCACAGAAUUCCCUUAAAAGAGGGUAGUGAGCCCGACAAUGUGAGGCCAUACAGGUACCCUCAUGGAAUGAAAGCUGAGAUAGAGCGUCAGGUGGAAGAGAUGCUGAAUUUGGGCAUUAUCAGGCCCAGUAACAGUCCAUACUCUAGUCCUGUAAUAUUAGUGAAAAAGAAGGAUGGAAGUUGGAGGUUUUGUGUGGAUUAUAGGGCAUUGAACAAAGUAACAGUGGCUGAUAAAUACCCCAUUCCAGUCAUUGAGGAGCUGCUGGAUGAACUUCAAGGUGCAUCAUACUUUUCUAAAGUUGAUUUAAAAGCUGGGUAUCAUCAGAUAAGAAUGAAGAGGGNAGACAUUCCAAAAACUGCUUUUCGGACACAUCAAGGGCAUUAUGAAUUCCUUGUGAUGCCCUUUGGAUUAACAAAUGCCCCAGCCACAUUCCAAGACAUGAUGAAUUCAGUUUUAAGGCCGCUAUUGAGGAGGUUUGUGUUAGUAUUUUUUGACGAUAUACUCAUCUAUAGCAAGACUUGGGAGGAGCAUUCUCAACACCUCACUCAAGUCUUAAAAGUCUUGGCUGAACAUGAACUUUUUGCAAACAAAAAGAAGUGUGAAUUUGGGAGAAGACAAGUGAGAUAUUUGGGGCACAAGAUAUCGGCAACAGGGGUGGAGAUGGACACCAAGAUCAAGGAGGGAGAUUGGGUAUUCUUGAAAAUCCGGCCUCAUAGACAGACUUCUAUGCCCACACGCUUACACCCAAAACUUUCUGCACGGUAUUAUGGACCAUUUUUGGUGGAGAAACAAUUAGGACCAGUUGUUUUUCCCAAUUGA